AUGAUGGAAGCAAAACUUAUUGUACUCGCGGUUGUCAAUUCCUUACUCAGUGCAUUUGGAAGUUUCAUGAAUUUAGUGGUUGCUUUUGUCAUCGUUAACAAUCGAAACCUGCAGAAAGGGCUAAAUCUUCUGAUCUUGAGCCUUUGUGUAGCAGACUUCAUGAACUGUGCAAUUUCGCAACCGAUAUAUGUGUACGCUGUUCUAAACCUUGGUGAGACAAGCCUAACGUUUAUGAAGACUUUUACGAUGGUCGCUGUUAUCACUCUACACGCUUCCACCAUGAAUCUACUGGCCAUGACAAUCCACCGAAUGAGAGCGCUUUCCCGCCCUUUUUCGUAUCUUUUUCUGUCGAGGCAGCAAGUUGUAAUCGCAGUCACCCUGGUUUGGGUAAUGUCGGUUCUAGUGGGUGUGUUUUUCGCAACUGAUACUGGCAAACUUGUCGCGGCGUAUUUUCAUUUGGCAAUGACAUUAGCGUGGAUUGCUGGCUAUGUCGGCCUCUUUUGUUUGGUUAAAAGGCAUAGGGCGAAGAUAGUUGCAUUGGAAGGUUCACCCACGACACAGUUGCAAACUGCUAGUCUCGAAUAUGAGAGCGAAUCCGUAAAAACCUCGGCCAUUUUAGUAGCUUCCUCGCUGAUUUGUUUCUUCCCGGAUAUUGUGUUGGAUUUCAUGGGACGCGCAGACGAGAGCAGAAUGGAUUGGGGAUUCACCAUUUUGUUCCUGAGCUCAUCUUUAAAUCCUUGCUUAAUCAUUUGGCGCAGCCACCAGUUUCAGGCCGUACUUACCAAGAUGGUGCGAGACAUUCGGCAGUGGCAAGGUUUUCAACGGUAA